UGCAACAGUGAAGAUGAAAGGAUUUAUUAAACCAAACUGUUCCAAGUUUAAGGGUUUUUAUGAUGAAACCUUAACUAGGCAGAUGCAACAUUCUGUUGCUAAUGUACUUUUCUGUGCUGAUUUCCUGAAGUUUGUAUCAUAUUGGUUAUGUGUGCUUUGACGAGUGCGAAUUGAAGGACUAUAGACGGAACUGCAAAUUGUGUCAACAAAUCAUUGAUCAUUUACUAACUCUCAAAUUCAGCAAAACAUUGCUUUGGCAAGUGCAAUGUUUCGAUUUUUCCCAGUUUUCUGAAGCUCGUUAACAGGAUGUUUGUUACCUAAGGCGGAGUUGUACAUUUAGUCACGAGCUUAUCCGUAUCUCUAAGUGGUUUACAUUACAUUAAAAAGAUUGGUUGAUAUCUUAUCUUGAAAAUGAGCAUCCAAGAAUCUGUAGAUGGUCGGUCAAGUUAUUUGGAAGAUAACAUCAUUGAAUUGGAAAAAAUGUUGAAAGAAGAAAGGAACGUGUCAGAAGAAAAGGAGAAUAUGUUGAAACGAGAAAACAAAAGAUUAGAAGAAAAAGAAAGAGUCUUGGAAGAGAAAAAGAAACAAUUGGAAGAAAAAAGGAAACAAUUGGAUGAAAUCAGGAAAAAAUUGGAUGAAAACAGGAAACAAUUGGAUGAAAACAGGAAACAACUGGAUGAAAAUAAGAAACAAUUGGAUGGAAGAGAGAAACGAGUGGUUUUAAAAGAGAAACGAAUGAAUGAAAGAGAGAAACGAUCGGACGAAAAAGACAAACGAAUGAAUGAUAGAGAAAAACGAAUGGAUGGAAAGAAUGGAUGA